AUGAGAAAAGAGUAUAUAAGAUUAGAAGGUAUGACUAGAGAGAAGAAAGUAGGUGUUUUAGCUGAAUUAGAAGAACAGGAGAAAAUAAGUAGAAGAAGGAGAAAUCAAAAGAAAGAUUAUUAUAAACCAUCUAGAGGAUAUAAUAACCAAAAAGGGAAUAUUUAUAAUGAUAAAAGAAAUGAAGGUAUGAAAAUGAUAAAGGAGGUGAACCAUAUACCUUCAAAGAUUAUUUUAAACGGUAAAAUAAAAAAUCAAGAUAUUGACAUAUUGAUUGAUAUUGGUGAAAUAAAUUCUUUUAUAAAGGAUUCGAAAGAGAUUAAAGGAACUGAGUUUGAAGUAAGUAAGCCAUUUUAG